AUGACGCCGCCUCCUCUUCCUCCUGCGAACCCCGACGAGCACCAGUACUGGACCGAUCCUAUCCUAUAUUGUGCACAUUCAAAAAAGGACUAUAUGGAAUAUCUACUCUUGAAAGACAAAGUCAUCUAUAUGAACUUUCUUGACUGGAUGUCAAGGACCUCGCGCGAGAAAAGACCUCAGACCUAUGAUGAGUAUUGGCAGUGCAUGUGCCAAUACUUUGGCUUGUUUGCCUGCUGGCCUGUAAAUCAUCAUGUUCAUGAGUAGAUGCAACGAG